CGGGAAAACCGGUCAACAGUUGGGCGACAAAUACUUUAGUGGGACGUGAAGUUUGACAGUGUAUUUUGUGAAAUGGCCAGUCGUUUCAGAAAAUAUCGUGGCGAGCAGUUUCAGAGUGAGUUUGGCGUAAAAACUGUGCUGUAUUUAGUGGGAUAGGUUCAAUAUCUCAAAUCAAAGUUGCUCUACGGUCAAUAAUGUAUUUUGUCUGUUAAAUCGAUGUGAGCCGGUAACCUUGGUCGUCUCUUUCUAUAUAAUAACUUGCAUACAUAUAUAGGGAGGUGGAAAAAUAUUGCAAAGUGAAGAAAUUUUCCACGCUUUUUCUUCCCACCCGACUAAAUGUCUCUGUGGUGUCACGAGAAGGAAAAAGUUUACAAUUUCACGUUGGAUAUUGGAUUACAUUGUAUCGCAAAUGGAAGUGAAAUGUCUGAAAAAGUCUAAAAGUUCUGGGUGGUCGUGCAUCCAUUGAGCGAAGCAGGCAAAGAGAUAAGCAGUCCCUUGGCCGCGUUGCAGCUGAAGGCGAGGAGAGAAGGAAAGGGAUUUGUGGACAGACGACUCAGCAGAGCCCCCAUUUCUCUCGCAACUCUUUGCCACUCCGUGUGAUAUUUUGCCAUGCCGGGCAGCCGAUCGUCGCGAUCCAGCAACAACGAGCCAGACCAUCAGAAAUCACCGAGUGGCGAAGAUUCCGAAGAUGAGAGCGAAAUCUUAGAGGAGAGUCCGUGCGGACGAUGGCUGAAGCGGCGGGAAGAGCUGGAGCAGAGAGAUGUUCCCGGCAUUGACUGUGCUUACCUGGCGAUGGACACAGAGGAGGGUGUCGAAGUUGUGUGGAACGAAGUGCAGUUUUCCGAAAGACGAGACUUCAAAUCGCAGGAGGAAAAAAUCCAGCAAGUUUUCGAGAACUUAACACAACUGGAGCAUCCAAAUAUAGUCAAGUUUCAUCGGUAUUGGACCGAUACACAUAACGAUAAGCCUAGGGUAAUAUUUAUAACUGAGUGCAUGUCCUCCGGGUCACUGAAACAGUUCCUAAAACGGACUAAGAGGAAUGUUAAGAAACUACCACUGCAGGCGUGGAGGCGGUGGUGCACACAAAUAUUAUCAGCUCUAAGUUAUUUGCAUUCCUGUUCGCCGCCAAUUAUACACGGCAACCUUACCUGUGAUACAAUAUUUAUUCAACACAAUGGUCUAGUAAAGAUUGGUAGUGUAGCUCCCGAUGCCAUUCACCAUCAUGUAAAGACAUGCAGGGAUAAUAUGAAGAAUAUGCACUUUAUUGCACCAGAAUAUGGUGCUGCCCUGACACCUGCCAUAGAUAUUUAUUCAUUUGGUAUGUGUGCAUUGGAAAUGGCCGGCUUGGAAAUACAAGGCAACGGCGAUUCCGGAACACUAGUCACUGAGGAAAUGAUUACACGAACAAUUGAAAGCCUCGAUGAUGCUCAACAAAAGGACUUCAUCCUAAAGUGCCUGAAUAAAGACCCCGCCGAACGAGAUAGUGCUAGGGAAUUAUUAUUUCAUCCACUUUUGUUUGAAGUUCACUCGCUUAAGCUGUUAGCGGCGCAUUGUCUAGUUGAUACGGCACCAAAUUUACAGCAAGAGCCGACAAUUGACGAAGCAAUGCAAAGAGUGUAUAAACCCGACAUUGUCCUUGCGGACAUUUCUCGAGCCAAUGAUCCUGUGGAAGUGAGAUUAGCUGAUGUGCAAUCGGCUGAGAAGCUGGAGAAGUUCGUGGAAGAUGUGAGAUUUGGCGUUUAUCCCUUGACUGCAUUUCCGGCCCAACAACCGCCGCCACCGCGACCAAGAGCUAUAUCACCAGAACCAACGGAGUCUGUGAAGUCAGUGACGCCAGAACCUCUAGAUGUAGAAACUAGGAAAGUUGUGAAUAUGAUGUGUAGUGUAAAGCCAAGAGAAGACAGCUGUGAUCUAAUGUGUUUUCAGAUGACAAUACUACUCCGGAUGGAUGAUAAAAUGAAUAGACAACUGACAUGCCAAGUCUCUCAAGAUGACUCAGCGACGCAUCUUUCGGAAGAAUUAGUACAUUUAGGAUUUAUUCAUGAGACGGAUCGGGAAAAAAUUGCGUCGCUGAUUGCAGAUACAUUGAGCAGCUAUUUCAGUAAACUCAGCAGCGCUUUGAUGCAGGGCGUCGAUCCAAGCCACAUGCAGAUGCCUGUCCAUUCGGCCAGUAUUGAGCGCAAUUGGACUGUGGCGGACAGCAACUCGCCGAGUGGCGGCGGCGGAGGGAUUGCGUCUGAUGGCCCGUCCACGCCCACCACCGUCUUGGCGUCUCCGGCGUCCACGAGUACAUCGAUCGCCGCCAAUCUGGAGAUUCCCGGCGGCGGCGGCGGCGUCCAGAAGCAACUGACGCCGCAGAGUGAGACACACGAGGCGAGUCAGCAAGUGGCAAACGAUGUAUUGUCAAUGCCAACGAGAAGUGCAGCGCCGGAAAAGAUGACUUAUGCCGCUGAGGCGGCAAUUAACACCACCAUCGCACCGACAUCAACAACAACCACCUUGCCGAUCACCACUCAGGCGCACAUCAAGAGCGUGGUGCCGCGAGGGGCUGAAUGAUCCGCGGCGGGAAGGCGGAAGUCGCGAAAUUCCGUCACGAAUGCUAGCAACAAGGGGAAAGGCCAGCAAGGUAAAAAGGAUUGUCCAUAGAAUAUGACUUUCUUCACUGGCACGAGCAGGAAGCAAAAGCAGAAUUUUGCGCCUAAAACAGCUUCACACACUUUUACGAUAAACGAUUGUUUAGUGUUUAAAUGUAAAACAAAGAAAAAGAAAAAACAGACGAAAUUAAUGAAACAAAUAUGACGAAGACGUUCAAAGAGAGAGAGCGUCUUUAAGCGACUUUGCUUGUACUUCCCAUCGCGCACAAAUUCGACGUUGAGACAAAAUGGGCCUUUCUCCACGACUUUCGCAAUUUCCAUCCUUCCCUGGCAGUCAGAAAGAAGGUGGUUUAGACAUUUAGAUUAAGAGACAUUUUAGGCAAAGUCCUUAAAUCAAACAAUAUCUUAAACAUGAAUGAAGUGAAGUUUGAAAGAAAAAAUUCACUACAAGCAAACUUGAUUGUUAAUAAUAGAAAUGAACGAAAUGCAAAGAGGGAGAGAGAAAGAGAAGGGAAAAAGUAAUGAUGCAAAAAUCGAAUGAAUAGGCAUGAAUAUUACCAAAAAAAAAGAAAAGAAGGGAGAAAAGAAAAGUUCAUUAAACUCUGCACAAGUGUAUAAAGACAUUGUGAGAACAAAGCAUUACUGUGUCGAUGAUUCACGCCCAAUUCUUGCACACAAGUUUGCGAAAAGAACUUUCUCAGAGAGAGAAAGAAAGAGACUUUAUUUUGCCCAAGAGAGAGAUGAUCUUCAUUGCGACCAGUUUUCACUUUGUAGAUAGAAGGCAAUGUUACAAUUUAUCCGAAAUGUCUAAAAAAACACUAUCAGUGCUAUUUCACAUGAAAGUGUUACUGCGUGAGAAAGAGAGAGGGAGAAAAGAGGGAAUGAGAGGAGUUUUAGAGAUGUUAAAAAAUGCGCUGUGAGCACAAAAUACAUAUUUUGUAAUGAUUGCAAAAAAAUUAUGAAUUUUGAAAUGUGAAGAAACACGAUAACGCAAUUUCCUUAAUUCCUUUCCUUUCUGCAUUAGGAUUCUGAACAGGAUUUAAAAAAAAAACUUGAUUAUUUUACUGUCCGAGAAAAUACUUUUUGAACACAUUUUAUGACUAAAGUUUCCUUCCGCAAACUUGAUUUUUGUUAGAAAAAUGAAAGAAAACACACUUGAAUAUGAAAAUACAGGGGGCGAGGCUGUGCAGAUCAUUGGAAAAGUAUAAAAAAAAACUAGAGGAAAUCAUUGGAUAAAAUGUAGAAGAUUUUAUGUGGAAAAAUUUGCGAGAAAACGAUUGAGACCAAAAUUUCGACUUGAGAUCAGGAAUGAAAUAUUUCGAAUUUUUAAACCCUAGUCUCGCACCCUUCAAAAAAAUAAACACGAGUUUUGAAAAUAUUACAAAAAGACAACAUUUAUACUUCUGCAGAAUACUUUUCUCAUUGCUUCUAAUUAUGAUUUUUACACACAGUGAAAGUGAAGAAAACAGAAUCGAUAUUAUUUAAUGGUAUAGAAUGAAGAAAACACUUUAUCGACAAAGAGGUGGAAAGAAUACAUAAAACAUUAAAUGUAAGUUAGUUGGAUUUUGUCCGAAUAUCAAUUUCGUUCAAAUGGAAUUUGAUUAGCAUCCAUAUUUAAAAUAGGAAGAUAGAGAGAGAGAGAGAGAGAGAGAGAAAUGUUAGUAAAAAAAAAGUGGAUUUGUCAAAAUUCUUCACGCGACUGAGUUGUUUUUCCUUUUUCUACAAAGAAACUCCCAUUUAUUUGAUGUAUUUUUUAUUAGUUUAUCAAUUAGAAAUAAUUUUAUACACUUAUAUAUUCAUAUAUAUCUAUAUAUAUAUAUAUAUACAUCAGUUUUAUUUCUGCACUAGAGCAACAUAUUUUCCAACUGCCAUAGAAUUUUUUUAAUUUACAAAAUUACAGAAGAAUUUCAGUGAGAAAAAGGAAAUUUUUUUUUAAUUUGUGCAAAUUGAGCCUUCUUGAAAACGAACGUAAUAAAAAUUCAUACAGCAAAUAGAAAGAAAAGAAGAAGAAGAAGUAAAAAAAAACAGAGAAAGAGUAGAAAUUUGGAAAAUAUCCAAUUCUCAAGCCAUUUGUAAAGUAAAAGUGAAAAAAUAUGUAUUAAAGUAUAGGCAAAAUUAAAA